AUGUCAACAAACGUUGAAGCUGCUUACCAUUUUUGCCAGCUUUCACAUCCUCUCUUUAAGGCUUCAAGCAACGGAAGCAUCGUAUUCAUGUCCUCUGUUGCAGGGAUUAUAUCAUUUGAAUGUGGAUCCAUUUAUGGUCUAACAAAAGGAGCUCUGAAUCAGCUAGCAAGAAAUUUGGCAUGUGAAUGGGCAAAAGAUGGGAUAAGAGCCAACGCUGUUGCACCUAAUGUUGUCAAGACUUCUCAGUCUCAACCUGACGUCCGUUUUAAGGAGGAAUUGUUCAGUAGAACUCCACUUGGUCGUGCUGGAGAGCCGAAUGAAGUAGCAUCACUAGUGGUCUUCUUGUGUCUACCUGCGGCUUCUUAUAUUACUGGUCAAACCAUUUGUGUUGAUGGUGGRCUUACUGUUAAUGGCUUCUCCUAUCAACCACAAGCUUGA